GGAAGGGGGAGCCGCGGCUUCCGGCACCUCCCCCGCCACUCCCGCCGUUCGCGGUGUCGGGCAGCUGGCUGCGUAGCUUCUUUGUUGGUGAUGGCAGCACCCGUCGCUAUGGAGACAGAUGAUGCUGGAAAUCGACUUCGGUUUCAGUUGGAGUUGGAAUUUGUGCAGUGUUUAGCCAACCCAAAUUACCUUAACUUUCUUGCCCAAAGAGGUUACUUCAAAGACAAAGCUUUUGUUAAUUAUCUUAAGUACUUGCUUUACUGGAAAGAACCAGAAUAUGCCAAGUAUCUAAAGUACCCUCAGUGUUUACACAUGUUAGAACUGCUCCAGUACGAACACUUCCGUAAGGAGCUGGUGAAUGCUCAGUGUGCGAAAUUUAUUGACGAGCAGCAAAUUCUGCACUGGCAGCACUAUUCUCGGAAGCGCAUGCGCCUCCAGCAGGCCCUGGCGGAGCAGCAGCAGCAGCACAACGCUUCGGGAAAGUGAACAGCUGGAUCCGGACCAGACGCUCCUAAGACAUGUACCUAUUGCUUUUGUGCAGUGACGACAAAAAAAGACUCUUCCUGUGUACCUUUAUCGUGGUAGCACCUAGAACCGUUAGUGUGCUAUUUAAUUGAACUAACUUUUUCUUGUUAACAGAUCAUUUCUGUUAAACCAGAAUUGUUUUACUUUGAUUUCCCUGUGGAUUUGUAAGCUUUUAUUAGUAUUUAACAGUCAGCUGAGUAAGAAUAGAAAUGUUAGGUGCUUCAGACCAAUUUAAGGCAGUGGGGGGCGAGGUAAGGGGAGGGCCACCGAAUAUCCCAAACUCUAAGCCGAGCUCUGUUUUCAUGUACAGUGGGGCCUGGGACAAGUCUGUCUCCUGGAACCUUGCUGUCCCUCAGAUCAGCUAUCCUGCCCUUCAUCUACAGAGUGAGAGGUGUGGAGUAAGUGACCUCUUUACAUCAGACGGCAGGAACCGCAUAAAGGUUCUUAAAUUCUGCAGCGCAGGAGACAUACCUGUAUCCCCAGUUGCUUUGCAGUUGAGUUUUAAGGAAGAAUCAUUGGUAUGUCACUGACCUGGUAAUGGCAGGGAGAAGAUUGGUGCUUAACUACUAAUUGGACUCUUGACCUUAAGACUAGAACAAAGGUGAGGAGCCUCGAAUACUUGUGCUCAUUUGGGAAAGCUGACCUUUAUUUGGCAGAUACCACAAACCAGGCACAAUGUUAAGUGCUUAGUUGCAUUCUCAUUUUAUCCUCAGAACGCUCCAUGUUCAUAAAGGAGGAAACUGAGGUUUAGACAGGUUAAUGGUUACACAGCUAGUAAGUGAUAAUCAGUGAGACUGACUCACAGGCUGGAGUCCUUCCCAUCACUAGGUUAUAUGGUCUCUGACCUCUCUGCCACCCGCCUCAUCCCAAGUAGUGAGGCAUAUUCAGACAGCUGUAACAAAACCGCCAGCAUUAAGCAGAGGCUGGAUUAGAUGUGCUGUGCUUCCCUUCAGUGGUUAGGUUAAGUUCUACAUUCUAAAGCCAAAGAAGGUGUUUUAGGAAUAACAGUUCUUUGUAAAUUCGUGGAAUUUAAGGUAAAAGAUCCUAACUCCUUUAGAGAUUUGGAAGCUGUCUACUGCACUAUUAGGGGCUUUUAGGUAUUUCUGUCAUCUUCAAUAAUAGCUUCCUUUGUGCUAUUACUGCCACUCCUGAAGACUUAUUUUACCUAUGGUAGCUUAAAAAUACCCAUAUAUUAAAGCAAACUGAGGGUUCAUGAGCAUUUUAAUAGCACUCUCUAUUGUUUAGACAUGUACCAAUUUUUUUACAUCAUUUAUUUAUUUACUUAUUGCUAACAUGAAUUCAAAGCAAGUAUGCACAUUCUUUUAUACUAGAGCAAAUCAGGAAGUAAAGACACAAUUGCCAUCAUCAAAUCUUAAUCUUCAGAGAACAACAUCUCCACGAGGUUGGCCUGAAGACACUCAGAUUCUACCAGUUUUUGAGGCUGUAAGAGAACAACAGUCAUAUCUUAACCCACAGCUACAAAAAUGUCAUUAGGAGGGGAAUGAGUUCUACCUUGAAUGACACAAGUCUUGGAACAGAGAAAUUAUGCUAUUCAGAAACUUAACUAGUUGUAACAAGCUUUAUGAAAUAGUUAAGAUAUUUACCUUAAGGCGGAUCAUUAAAAUACUUGGCUCCGUGGACUAAAACAGGAGACAGGAAGCCCAGCGUCAGCCCUUCCCUUUAACUCUGUAAUUUAGGAUCCCAGGGCCAUGACUAAACUAGAGGACAUGCCCUUUCUUUUCAUCCAGAAUUAUGGAUUAAGUCGAAAACAACUACUGAUGCCACUGUUUUAAGGAAUUGUAUGUUAACCAGCUUUCUUCAACAGUGCUUACAGAAUUUUAAAAUAAGAAUGGCUUUUAAAAGGCAUGAAAAAAACCCUAAUAUUUUCAUUAUUAAUAACUUAUGGGAUAGGCCAUAGGGAUGGACAGCCAUGUGUUUUUGAAUACAUUCUGAAGAGCAAUGUGAUAUUUGGGAUGAAAUGUCAAGAUCUUUUCAAAUUUGAAUCCAGAACAAGUUAAAAGAGUUCUGAUAGGGUGAACUGUAUCCCCAACACAGUUAAAGAAAGAUACUCACUGUUCCAUAUUUAAGUAGUGUAGGCACUGCAGUUAAUUUCAACUUUUUCCUGAAGUCAUUAUUUGGAUCUUUCCAACUAUUUCAGAAGGAGAAAGUGAUCAUGAAAAACAUUUACUUGGUUUCUUACAUUCUGCUUGGUAUUUGAUAUAUUCCCACUUUCAGUCUUUCAGUAAACACUGUUUUCGUUGUAAACAUUUUAAAAACCUUGAUGUCUACGACAUAUAUUCUCCUGUGCAAAGUUUUCAUUUAAGUGAAUAU